CUCUCCAGCAGAAUGGCCUUCAGCGGCAAGUACGAGAUCGAGAGUGAGAAGAAUUAUGACGAGUUCAUGAAGCGUCUUGGGCUCCCCAGCGAUGUUAUCGAAAAGGGCCGAAACUUCAAGAUUGUCACGGAGGUGCAGCAGGACGGACAGAAUUUCAUCUGGUCCCAGCACUACCCGAGUGGCCACUCCAUGACCAACAAGUUCACCAUCGGCAAAGAAUGUGACAUGGAGACUGUGGGGGGCAAGAAGUUCAAGGCCACCGUGCAGAUGGAGGGUGGGAAGAUAGUGGCAGACUUCCCUAACUAUCACCAGACCUCGGAGAUCGUGGGUGACAAGCUGGUGGAGAUCUCCACCAUCGGAGGUGUAACCUACGAGCGUGUGAGCAAGAGGCUGGCCUGAGCAAGCAGGCGGGGCUCCCAGGGGGCUAUGAAGCCAGCAGUGAACGCUGGGAUAAGAACAGACAUUGUUUGCUCCAAA